GGUCACACUUCUUAUCAAACUCAUGUUUUGUUUACCUAUUUUACCUGGUUUUUUUAAGAAAUGUUAAGAGUGAAUCAAGUUAAAAACAACCUGUUGGACGGCGCCUCCAUAGCAGAGGAACUGUACACAACGCCACAAGAUGGCGAGAAUUUCUUUGAGAGUCUGGACAAACCGGAGAAAGAGCCCACGAAGCUGGCCCCGCGAAACACAUUCAUUCGCGCCGGCGUUCUGACGACGGUGAGAGGCUCCGCGUACAUGGAAUAUGGGAAUACAAAAGUCCUGGCCAUUGUGUCGCCACCAAAAGAGCUAAUCCGCGCCAGUGCUCGACGGAUGAACAUGGGCGUACUCAGCUGCUAUGUGAACUUUGCGGCUUUUGCCACCGGCGAGCUGGAAUCCGUGCCGGAAAGGGAACGCCACCUAAGCAGCAUGUUGACCAAGGCCAUGGAGCCGGUUGUCUGCCGGACGGAGUUCCUCAACUUUCAGCUAGACAUCCGAGUGCUCAUCCUUGACGAUGACGGCUGUCUGCUGAGCACGGCCAUUAAUUGCUGUGGAGUGGCCUUGGUCGAGUGUGGUAUUUCCACGUACGACUUGAUUACGGCGUCCUCGGCGUGUAUCUAUCGGGAUCACGUCUUUCUUAAUCCCAGCGCCAAAAUGGAGGAGCUUCUGUGGAAACACCGUACUGGCACUGGCACUGGCACCGGCUCUGACAGCAGUGAUAACACCAGCAACAAGUCUGUCCACGAGCACGGUCUGAUCAUCACUGCCAGCUUGGACACCUUCGAACAGAUCGCCCAGUGUCAGCAAUGCGGCUAUCUCAGCCCGGAGACAUACAUGAAGCUGCUGGACUACACACUGGCCAUGAACAAGUCGCUGCGCCAGCUGGUUAAGGAGGUCCUGACCGCGCGGGUGAAGGAGCAGCAUGAACUAGAUCUGCGUGAGAAGGCGGAGAGUGCUCUGGAGGAUAAGAGGUUGGCCGAAGUCAUUGAGCGGCUCAAGAUGGGGGGCCUGGACGAUUUUAUACACUCCAAUAUCAAGGAGGAUCCCUACGUUAAAAGACAGUAGGGUACUGCAAAUAAAUUAAUGAAAGUAAGCUAGAUGCAUUUGGUUUCAAAUUGAUAGAUAAACAUACUUAAUGCAAUUAAAGUCUACAAAUUUGGCUCUGAAAA